CGUCUGUGCGGAGGAUGCGCGAGGCGAGAGGGGCUCGUGACACACACAGCCCCUUCACACAAUUAGCCACGCUCGGCUGGAGCGGCUUGGCCCCGCCCCCGACAGCAUCCAUCCUCAUGGGCUCGCGCGCUGCGUGAUCCACAUUACAAAUCGACGGCCGCGGCUCUGCUUCGCGGAGCCCGUGGGGUAACGAAGGAGUAAAAGGUGGUGGUGGAGGGGGGUUACUUCGCACGAGCUCCUUUUGCGCCCGCCUGCCCUCCAUUUUUCGUGUGUGUGUGUUGAAUGGAGUCACCUUUUCGGCGGAACGCCGCUUCUUCCCUCCGCGAGUGAGCUGCUGUGAAUCUUCCGAGCACACGUCUCUUGGACAGAAAAGAAGAUGGCGACUGACCACACUCUGCACAGCUACUCCAUCAUUCCAUGUUUCAUCUUUGUGGAGCUCGUCAUCAUGUCCGGCACAGUGCUGCUGGCCUACUACAUGGAGUGCACUGACCUGUUCAGCGUCCACGUGCAGGGCUUCUUCUGUAAUGACGCUGAGCUGAUGAAGCCGUACCCCGGCGAGGAAGAGUCCAGCUUCGUCCCGCCCCUCAUCCUCUACUGCGUGGUGGCUGCUGCGCCUACAGUUAUAAUUUUUGUGGGUGAGAUCUCCAUGUACGUGAUGAAGUCAACCAGGGAAGCCCUCCUGGCCCAGGAGAAAACCAUCGUGACAGGAGACUGCUGUUACCUGAACCCCCUCAUCCGCCGCAUCAUCCGCUUCAUAGGCGUGUUCGCCUUCGGCUUGUUCGCCACAGACAUCUUUGUCAAUGCAGGUCAGGUGGUUACCGGAGGCCUCUCACCGUACUUCCUGUCCGUCUGCAAGCCCAACUACACUGGCACCGAGUGCCGCUUCAAUCACCAGUUCAUCGUCCAUGGCAACAUUUGCACCGGAAACCCUGUGGUUGUGGAGAACGCACGCCGAUCCUUCCCGUCAAAGGACGCUUCUCUGAGCGUUUACUCGGCUGUCUACGUGACGAUGUACAUCACCAGCACCAUCAAGACCAAGUCCAGCCGGCUGGCCAAGCCCGUUUUAUGUCUGGGCACGCUCUGCUCGGCCUUCCUCGCCGGCCUGAAUCGGGUCUCGGAGUAUCGAAACCACUGCUCAGACGUGGUGGCUGGAUUCAUCCUGGGGUCGGCAAUCGCUUUGUUUCUGGGCGUCUGUGUCGUGAACAACUUUAAAGGAGUUCACGGCGCAGCGGCCAAACAGAAGACGGAGGAAUACCGCGGCCUGCCGCUGAUGACGUUCCCGCGCGUAGAGAGCCCACUGGAGACGCUGAGCGCACAGAACCACUCGGCGUCAAUGACGGAGGUCACAUGACUAAGGGGGCAGCACCGGGUCACGUUUGCGUCUCCACAGCACUUCCAGACACAAUGACGAGGACGCAUGGCACGUGGCGCGGGAUGCUAACUAAAGAUCCUUCUGAUUUCUCCGUUUAAGUCACCUGGAGGACGGAACUCUCCACGUUUGCCCUGGUUUUAUUAUCUAGUUUGGCUCUUCGUACUCUUAAUUCGCAGAAAUGCGCGGCCCGAAUCCACGCAAACGCCCCACAAGGCCAACUUCCUGUAAGCACAGUUUUUUUUUGCAGUCAGGAAAAAACGUGGGGCGCUCUCCUCCUCCAGGCUGUGCUGUUUUCUUAGUUCUAGAGGAUGGUGUUUUUUGUACAUUUUUGUAUGAGCGAGUGCCGUGGCCUGUCCUGACCAUGUAAAACCUGUGCACUUCCUGUCAGUCGACAUCACAUCCUGUCAGGUGAAACGCCUCGUCGAUCACAUCCAUCCCACUCGAGUCUGAAAAAAAAAACAAAGAUUGUCGUUCCGUGGUGUUUGUCAUUUGUACAGAAAAAGGACAAAAAAAUCCCUUUUUUUAAUUAUCUCUGUACAUUUAUUGACCGUUAUUGGGUCACAUUUUUUAAGGAUUUUUGUUAAUCUGUAUAACGAUUCUGAUCCGUUUGGACCUGUUUGCCUGCUGUUUACCUGGAUAUGUUUUCAUAUCAGUGAAGGUGUUUCGGGGAAAUGACUUCUCCUUCCUACGGAGGAAAUGUGAGGAAGAGUCCAGGACAUCCUGUGAGUCAGAAGAAAAUGGGGUUUGGCGCUGCGGAAUCAGAUGUAAAUAGAUGUGAAACGCUUUGACCCCAAUUUCCUGAUUCAUACUGAAAAAUCGUCUACAGAUGCAAAUGAAGACGAGAUUCAAUUCAGCAAAAACAGACCCAAAAACCAAAUCAAGGUUAUGUCCGAGUUCCUUCCCAACUCCCUACUAAAACAUGAUAUAGUGCAGCAUUAUCUAGUAUUCUGGAUUUUAAAAGCUGUUCAGAAACCUUUGCUCACUGCUGUUUGUUUUUUAACAGCAAAUAUGACAUCAUUGGUUUCCCAAAGUAAAAUUCUAAUAAAUAUGAACAUUUCAUGAAGACUAUUUAUGAAUCUACUGUGUUCUGAAUAUUAAAAAAAAGUUAAAAUCCUUUGUUUUUUCACACAAGAAGUCUCUCAAACGCAAUGCAUUGUGGUCUAUAAUCGCCAAUCUAGUGAGCAUCGAUCCACUUUGGUUUUUCACGUAGAAUUCUGGGACAUUUCUAGGAUGGAAUGGACAUUGGAGUUGGAGCUUUGGAUCAGCUCUACUAAACGGCGAAAGCCCUUUAUGGUGCACUACGUAGUGAGCAGUGAAGGAAUUUGGACACACCUUAAGAGGGAAACUAGAAGAUAAACUAAGCAAUGGAACCUUCACUUUUCCUCCUAAAGCACCUUUUUUUCCCUCUCCAACCCACCAGUGGAUUGUGUUACAAUGUUGUGACUCCAUUUCCUAUUGGAAGAUACGCCCAGCAUGAAGAGAAGAGUGCAGAUGUUUUAUAGAUAUUGGUCUUUAUUAAUGUGAUUAUGACUGUCUUUUUCUUUUGAGAUCAAAAGAAAGUGUUUCAUUAGAAAUGCUGCAUAUAUGUUUUUUUUUCCUUUUCUUUGUUGAAAAAUUAAAAUAGCCUGUAGCAAGAAUGAG